AAGAAGAAUAGCAAGAUGGAGCCUUUAAUGCGAAAUAAUUACUACAAAACAUGUAUCGCGUGGUAACGCUGUAAUAUAUCAGCGUUAAUUCAAGGCUAUCCAAGUAUAGGCCACUGGGUUGAGAGGAAGGGCAAAGUUGUUAAUAAAAAGAAUUUGGGCAGGUGUUCAAUUUGGGGAUUCCACGAAAUUAGUAACGAGAACAGACUCGUCCUUCUGCUUUACCUUCUCUUCUCGUCCUCUCUCUGUCGUCCAUCUCUCGCGCCUCCCUCUUGCACUGUCACUGAGCCUCUCUGUAACAGUGGAAGGAAGUAUCGAGGAAGGGAGUGGAAGUUGCUGACUCGUUAAGAGGUGAAUGAUAGCUGGGUAAAGUAGAAACAGCCUCAAUGCAAAAGGAUAAUAGUACCGGAAACGUAUCAACGCCUACUGCCAGGUCUCGGCACCGAAGGCGCUCUCAAGAGGCAAUUCCGGAGCCUAGCAAAGAAAAUGGAGGCCAUUUACUUGUUGAUGAUAAUAAUAAAUACAAGUCAUUCUUGAUUCGUGCAUACUCCACUCUAUGGAUGAUUGGGGGGUUUGCAUUUAUUGUGUACAUGGGCCAUCUAUAUAUCACCACAAUGGUGGUAGUUAUUCAAAUCUUUAUGGCAAAGGAGCUGUUUAAUCUGCUCAGGAAAGCACAUGAAGAUAGACAUCUCCCAGGAUUUAGGCUAUUAAAUUGGCACUUUUUCUUCACCGCGAUGCUAUUUGUGUAUGGCCGCAUUCUAAGUCAACGCCUUGCCAAUACUGUACCCGCUUCAGACAAGUUCUUGUAUCGUCUUGUGAGCAGCCUUAUCAAGUAUCAUAUGGUCAUCUGCUAUUCUUUAUAUAUCGCAGGUUUUAUGUGGUUCAUUCUUACACUGAAGAAGAAGAUGUACAAGUAUCAAUUUGGCCAAUAUGCAUGGACACACAUGAUUCUGAUUGUGGUAUUUACACAGUCAUCUUUCACUGUGGCGAACAUUUUUGAAGGAAUUAUCUGGUUUCUUCUUCCAGCAACACUUAUUGUCAUCAAUGAUAUAUUUGCAUAUAUUUUUGGAUUUUUCUUUGGGAGAACACCUCUAAUCAAGCUAUCCCCGAAGAAAACUUGGGAGGGAUUCAUUGGAGCAUCUGUUACAACUAUUAUAUCUGCUUUUGUGCUUGCGAAUAUGAUGGGGCGUUUUCAGUGGAUGACAUGUCCAAGGAAGGAUUUAUCUACCGGUUGGCUUCAUUGUGAUCCCGGGCCAGUAUUUAAGCCGGAGCAUUAUACUUUACCUGGAUGGUUGCCUAAAUGGUUUCCUUGGAAGGAGAUAGAUAUUCUGCCUCUUCAAUGGCAUGUUCUCUGUCUUGGUUUGUUUGCAUCAAUAAUAGCACCUUUUGGAGGCUUUUUCGCAAGUGGUUUUAAAAGAGCUUUUAAGAUCAAGGAUUUUGGUGAUAGUAUUCCUGGACAUGGUGGGAUUACAGAUAGAAUGGACUGCCAGAUGAUUAUGGCUGUCUUUGCAUAUAUCUACCACCAGUCAUUUGUUGUGUCUCAAAGCCUUACUGUCGAAACAAUCUUGGAUCAGAUAUUGGCAAACAUAAGCUUCGAAGAACAGUAUGCCUUGUACACAAAGCUUGGUGAGAUCAUCCAGGACAGGCUGACUGGACCCUCUUAAGAUUUUGGUCCUCUCUUUCCGUUGAUCCACCUCACGGAUCCCAAAAUCCAAGCGGAGCACGUUCUAUCCAUGGUGGCGUAGCAAAUGGAAGAAAGACUAUUGAUUUGUACAUGUCUUUCCUGUUUUCGAUUUCAGUAGUUAGGCGGAGUCAUUUCUUAGCGAGCAUACUAUGUACAGUGUAUUCUAACCAACUCAAAUACAGGGAGGGACUCCUACCGGAGCAAAUUAUGGUUCCUCUCUUAUCUCCUAGUUUUUUUGACUUGACAUGGAAUGUUUCGUCAUAUAGCUACUGUAAUAUCGGAGAUCUGAACAAUGCCAUAUCAGAUUAUCAGAAAACUAUAAAGAAUAAUAUGCACUUUCAACAA